AUCACUGCGCUUGCAGAGUGGACUCUCAUGGAAAGCUCCCUCGGAGCCUUGGGAGAGCCUGACUCCCAGCAGCAGCAGAGCUGCCACAUCCCUUUUCCAUGGUGGAGCAGAGGGUGUGCUGUGACAGAAGGACUCCUGGAUGAUGGCCAUGGCACUGAAGGGAAUAUUAUUCCCUAAGGGAUGCACACCAGCCUUGGGAUUCGGUGCAAUCAGCAGGGAUGAACUGAAAUUGGAGAAGGAGGUCACCUUCUAUGAAGACAAGAACUUCCUCGGCCGUUACUACGAGUGUGACAGCGACUGCCCCGAUUUCCACACCUACCUGAGCCGCUGCAACUCCAUCCGUGUGGAUGGAGGCACCUGGGUGGCCUACGAGAGGCCCAACUAUGCUGGGAACAUGUACGUGCUGACCCAUGGGGAGUAUCCCGACUACCACCACUGGAUGGGCCUCAACGACCGCCUGGGCUCCUGCAAGUACAUCCAGAUCCCGAGCGGAGGCCGAGCCCACAUCCAGGUGUUCGAGAAGGGAGAUUUUGGCGGGCAGAUGUUCGAAGCCACCGAAGACUGCCCCUCCAUCAUGGAGGAGUGGCACAUGCGUGAGGUGCACGCCUGCAGGGUGCUGGAGGGCGUCUGGGUGUUCUACGAGCAUCCCAACUACCGGGGCCGGCAGUACGUGCUGCCCAAGGGGGAGUACCGCAAGCCCGUGGAGUGGGGAGCGGCCAGCCCCGCCGUCCAGUCCUUCCGCAGCAUCUCUGAGUGAGCCAGCCCCGAGAGCGGGCUGCACACCCCCCCAAUAAAGCAACUGAG